UCAGCUGAUUCAAUGGAUAAAUCAAAUUCAUGAAUUUCAGUCUGUGUCCUGGUUAUCAAUCAAUUUGAUAAACAAUAGUUCUGGUUUCUGUGAAAAAUUUUUAAAAAGUGAGAAAAAAUCUCAAUUGUGAUGGCUGAAAAUAAUGAAGUUCUUGAAGGAUUUUUGUGUCCUAUUUGUAUGACAGACUUAAAGACACCUAAUCAAUUAACCAAACAUUUCGAGGAAGUUCAUAAUGAUGAUCCUGAAAUUUUGAAAUCCUUAAAAGAUCUUUUCGGCAAGGCUAAAAAUAAAAUUUUUAAACAAGAUGAAAUAACAAAUGACAAUUUAUCAGAGCACCAGGUGUCAGUGAGAGGAAGGCGUAAUAGCCCAGAAAUUAAUUGGGGGCCACAAGAAAUCGGAGCUAUUAAAACACAUACUGUAUAUUUUAGAGAUAGAAGAAAUGCAAGACUGGAAAGAUAUUCUAUGGAAACGAACAAGUUAUUGAUAAGAUUGGAUAAAUUAUUAGAUAAUUUACCAUCAGAUCCUAUUGAUCGAAAAGUCCAUGAACGAUCAAUCGUUCCUUGGAUUGAUGAUAAAGAUGUCAAAUUAUGUCCAAACUGUGCAAGAAGUUUCCAUUUAGCUAGAAGAAAACAUCACUGUCGUCUAUGUGGCGCAGUUAUGUGCCAUGAUUGUACUUGUUUUUUAUCUCUAGUUGAAGCUCGGAAGAUGACGAGUCCAAUAUCAGUUCAAGAUGAUUCAGCAGUAUCUCCGACAGUUUCCGACUCUCCUUUAACAGGUAGGAUUGUCCGAGCUGGAAUAGGCCUAACAAAACUCGCACGAUCACCUUCUAGUGGAAGUCUAAACAGUGUUUUAUCAUUAAUGAAUGAUCCAGCGAGUGGUGAACAACACAUCCGACUCUGUAUUCAUUGUAAGAACCUCUUGGAUGCAAGAGAACGAUUGAAAGCGAGACAAUUCUCCAAACCAAUCAUCACUAAAUUCUACGAAACUAUGAGAACGUACAUGGAGGAAGCUGAAAGAUUCAUGACAAUGUAUAUCAAAAUGUGGGAGUCAUUGAGUGAAGGGGAAACAACGUAUGAUUUAAGAGACGCACAAAUAUUGAGGAUAAAAAUAGCUAAAGUUGGAGAAAAUGUCGAUAAUAUUAGUAAAAGAAUUUUAGCUAUUGGAACUGCCGAUAUUGAUAAUCCUCCUCAAGGCCAAACGCUGAAGCUUCAUCAAAUGAUAAGAGCAUCAGCUAUGAUAUUUCUGAAGGAAAAAUUAUUAACUAUUCCUUCGUUGCCUACGGAAGAAGAGUAUAUAGCUUUACAAGAACGACGCCAGAGAAAAAUUGAGGAACGAAUUGCUUACGAACGGCAGUUGGAAAUUGAAGAAACUUUACGAGAAAGGCGUAAAGAACAAAGAAAUGAGAAUAAAAAUUCUCAAGGAUCGUCUGUGACGACUAAUAAUGAGCCAAUAAUGGAAAAAUCUCAAGGUUGGGGUCCUUCCAACACAGUGGCGAUUCUUCCAUCAGCAUCGAUGGAUCCAAUAAUUGAACAAAUGAGUAAUUUACGAUCUUAUAUUAAGCAAGCUAGAGCUGAAUGCAAGUAUGAUGAAGUUGUUACGUUAGAAAGCAAUUUACGAGAACUUCAAAGCGCCUAUUUUGCAAUGAAGCAAAAUAAUGACGGAUAAUUUGAGAAAAAAUCAACGGCAAUUAAAAAUCAAUUUUUACCGUUUUUUAAUCUAUUAAAAAAAUAAAUAUGACUUUAAAAAAAAUAUUAUGAAUGCACUAAAGAUUUUUUAUGCAAUUUAUAAACGAAGCAUUUGAUAAUUAAAAUUUGCAACAAUUUAAGUAUCCAUGGCAAUUUAAUUUUAAUACUAGUUUUUUAGUUUUAUUAUUCUGAUUUUUAGAUUCUUAAAUAAAUAAAAAUGAAGUGCAUAAAUCCAUUAAAAUACAAAA